GCCACGGCAGUUGUUGGCACAGCAUUGGUUUCUGUCAGCCACUGCUGUCAAUUGGCGGAGAAUUGGUCUCUGUGAGCGACUCCGGAACUCGCAAAGCAUUGGUCUUUGCGAGGGAGUCCUGAAUUUCCUUUGAAGUUUUGCUGAGGCCUUCUUGCUCCUCUGUGACAUCCUCCCUUCAGAAUGGCUUCUGGAUUCCCAAAAAGACACCGACACCUUGUCUUUUGCUGAGGGAAAGACUGCAGUCUAACACUGUGCUUCCCUCUAAGUUCCAGCAGGAGAAGUUUCUCAGCACAAAGAAGGAGGCCAGCACUGGGGGGAGCAUUGUGCAAAGAAUUGGCCCAUGGAUAGACCUGAGCAAGACUGGUCCAAAGAUUCCUCGGCUGGUGAAGGUGUGCAUGGAGAGCUGCCCUUAUUUCCAGCUGGCGUGCCCCAGGGGUGUGUACCACACGGUGCCAGCAGGCGCCUCUGCCCCUGUGCGCAUCCGCUUCAGCCCUGAGGAGAACAAGGAUUAUUCCCACCAGCUGGUCUGUGUCACUGAAAGGGAAAGGAUAGUGGUGCCAAUUCGGGCCAUUGCUGCCCGAGCUGUCCUGGACUUCCCUGAGCAGCUGGACUUCUCCAGGUGUCCAGUCAAGUGCAGCAGCCAGAAGACUCUGCUGCUCCGCAACACUGGGAACCUGGAAGCUCGUUUCAAGCUGAGCACCCAGAGCUCUUCUACCUGUGGGCUCAGGGAACAGCUUAGUGAUGUUGGCUGAAAUCCAGAGGAGUUGAGAGAUGACUGCUCCAGCAGGAACAGAGGAGUCUGGUGGGUACAGCCUGGGGUGGGAUGCAGGAGAUGCAGGGGCUGAUUUGCACUCAGUUUUUCAUUCCUGACAACUGAGUCCUGAACUUGGCUGGAUCCUCUUCUCCUGAUCAUUUGACAAGAAGAUCCCUUCUUUCUCAGGCAAGCCCUGAAGUCUCCCCCAGGAGUGUUAUUGCCAUCCUGCCAUCUGAGGGCAGGAGCAUGUAACAUGGGGCAGCAGUGGG